AUGCGACGGCCUUGGCCAAACCCCCCUUCGAACAACGAGAUCGGCGAGGAUAUCAAGGAUACCCAGGAUACACCAACCUGCGUGCAGAGGAGCCGAAGUUUCCCCUACAGCCCUGAUAUGAAUGGCCAUUCCGGAGCUAUGUCGCCUGUCUCCAUCGAUGGCAGCGACUGGUCUGGCCUCAAUCAGUAUCAGAAGUCGGACCCGCCCUUUUCCCCGACAUUCUCCUCGAGAGGCAACCUGGCUACUCCUCCUACCUCCGGCGUCCCCAGCACGCCCUUGAGCCCGACGGUGCCGCUGCCCACCGGCAGUGGAAACCCUUCUCCGCCCAGCUCGGUCGCUGCGAGAUCCAGUGUCGGUACCCUGGGUGAGGGUCAUCGCGAUGGUGGCAGACGGAAUCGCCAAAUGGAGGAAAUCCUCUCUCAACACUACACAGCCCUAAAGCGGUUCCUGAACGCCUCGUACCGCGACGAUCGACUAAACGCCCGAUCGAACAAAGCCCGCGAUAAGCUUCUCCGCCUUUCACCCACACAAUUCCACGAACUUAGUACCGAUGUGUACGACGAACUUAUCCGGCGCCAGCAGGCUACGCCGCCACCGGGUAGAGCCCCUCGUCCCGAUGUGCCCACCUUCCUCCCUCCCCGUACAGACUUCCACGAGAAACGCAACCAUGCCCGCUCAAAAUUGGCCUCCCUCCAACACCAGCGCUUCCGAGACUUGGCGACUGAUGUUUUCUGCGAGUUGGAGCGUCGCUUCCCGCAUUUUACCGGCCGAGGGCGACCGCCGCCUGGUGGUAUGCCUCCGGGUCCUCGGGCCUCACAGUCUCGCGGGCCUCCUAGUCGCAUGGGCGGUCGGGGCUACCCAUCUGGUGGACCUCCUGGCAGCCCAUUCCCUCCUGGCAGCCCAUUCCCUCCGGGCAGCCCAUUCCCUCCUAGGCAAGGUUCUCUUGGUGGCCCGCCUUCAAUGAAUGGAGAUGGUCCGUUUCCCCGAUCUUUCCAAAGCAACACCAUGGUUCCGAACAAGAGUACUAUGGUGGAGGAUAGUGAUGAUAUGGGACCGGAGGAUGACGAUGAUGCUCGGAGCGAUGCAUUUGCAUUGGAUGCAGUGCUAAGCAGACGGGGAACCACGACAACGCUUGGUGAUAGCGAGAGGAAGUUGUUGAUGGAGAGCCAAACACAAGUGUCGGCAUUGCAAGAAAAAGUCGAGAAACUGGAGGAACAGAUUCGCGCUAAGGAUGAGGAAUUGGCCCGAUCAUCCGACGCAGACCAAUCUGGAGUCAGUUCCAAUGAACGUCAGGAGUGGGAUGAUCUCAGACUGGAUCUCGAGAGCAAGGUCUCCAAGGCUGAGGAUCUGAAUAGCUCGCUUCAGUAUGAGCUUGAUAGAGUCCGGGCUGAGCAUGAAAACAUGGAGCGCGAUCUUCGGGAGCAGCUUGACGAGGUCGCUCGUGGCUCAGGGGAUGCAGACUUGAUUGCUCGGUACGCCGACCUGGAGAGCAAGCACCAAAACUUGCAAAACGAACUGCAAAAGCAGGAGCAGCUUACACAAGAGGUCCGGCGCGAGGCGUCUGAAUUCCUCAUGGAGAUGAAGACCCUCACUGCUCAGAGUCAUUCCAACUGGGAACGCGAAGAACAGCUGUCUAAUGACGUUCACCGUUUGGAGAACGAGGUCAACGAAUGGAAGCACCGCUAUGCGAAGGCAAAGUCACAGUUGCGCCAUCUUCGCACUUCGUCUGGUGGUAUUUCUGAUCACCGGCCCGACGCAAGCGUUAUUGCCAAGGAGCAUGAACUGGUGCAAGUUGACGGUGUGGUCAAGGAUAUUCACGUCACCAAGUUCCAGAUGGCCAUUGAUGAGCUCCUUCGUGUCGCCCGCUUCGAAGACUCCCAGGACGUGCUUGCCCAGAUCAAGUUCGUUAUUGUGGCUGUUCGCCAUAUGAUUCAAGACGUGGAUCAGGCGCCGCCUCCAGUCGACGGCUCGGCCACUCUGCGUGUCAAGGCCAAGGGCCGGGUAUCUGCGACUGCCAACAACAUGAUCACAGCCGCUCGCAACUUUGCCAGCUCUAGUGGUCUUUCACCGGUCUCUCUGCUCGAUGCUGCAGCUUCGCAUCUUUGCACCGCUGUCGUGGAGCUGGUGCGCGUGGUCAAGAUCCAGGCGUCCCCUGUCGAUGAGUUGGACGAGUAUGAUGUGGACGUGUCUCAGGAGAAGUUCCCAGACUACCUCAGCACGUCCGUUAGCCAAAGACGGUAUAGCAACCACUCUGAAUAUAGUGCUAUGAGCCACCCCGGCGAGGAUCACCCCAUGAUGCAGAAUGGCUUGUCCAAUGGCUUUAACUACGGGGCCCCGCAGGGGGACCACGAGCUUCAGGAACUGAAGUACUAUGUCGAAGACCAAACCGAUGGAAUGGUCCAAUCCAUCCAGUCCUUGGUGGCCAGUAUCCGAUCUGAACAGGGAAUGAACAUUGUCCAGACCCACGUCUCGACCAUCUCGAACGUUGUCGCCAACGUGGUUUCCUCCACAGAAAAUCUGAUGCACGAACGCAGUGGUGAUGUCGCGCUCCAUGAGCGCUCCGAGCCCAUCAUCCAGGCAUUGGAUGAAUGUCGCGGUCGGCUGACGGGCACUGCCGCCGAGGGCCACAAUGCCACCAGUCCUGAGCAGCUGCGUGAGGUUACCAACCAGCUCCCUCCGAUUGCAUUUGAAAUUGCGCGACAGACCAAGGAGCUUGUACAGCGCCUUGAGACCUUGGCACACGGCGACGACGAAGAUGACUUCCGGUGA